GUUUUGAAAGACGGGCGCGGAUUUUCAAAAAAAAAAAAAAAAGAGGAAGAAACAGUAAAAUGGCCGAGACCAAGUCACCGGACGCGUUUAAAACUCCGUGUAAACCGGCGAAGAUGAAGAGUCCAGUUAGUGCAUGUGGAACCCCAAUCACAAUUCCAGCGUCUCCGUUUAUGAAGAAGCUCGGCUAUGGCACCGGUGUGAACGUCUACCUCAUGAACAGAAAUGGGAAACAGACUCAGUCGCCGUGGGCCAUUAAGAAGAUCAGCAGCAAGUGUGCAAACAUUCACAAGAAUGUGUACCAGAAGCGGUUGUGUGAGGAAGCAGAGAUCUUAAAGGAACUGCAACACCCAAAUAUUGUUGGUUUCAGAGCUUUCACUACCGCAAAGGAUGGCUCCAAGUGUUUGGCAAUGGAGUACGGAGGGGAGCAGUCUCUCAAUGACCUCAUUGAAAAGAGGAGAGAGGCGGGCUUACAGGCCUUCCCAGUUGCCACUAUUGAAAAAGUGGCUCUUCAUGUAGCUCGUGGUUUGCAGUAUCUGCACAACGAGAAAAAGCUUCUGCACGGAGACAUGAAAUCCUGCAACGUCGUCAUUAAAGGCGACUUUGACACGAUCAAAAUCUGCGAUGUCGGUGUUUCCCUUAAGUUAGAUGAAAAUAUGCAAGUGAGCGACCCGGAGGCCCACUACAUCGGCACCGAGCCGUGGAAACCCAAAGAGGCGCUGGAGGAUGGACUAAUCACAGACAAAGCGGAUAUCUUUGCGUAUGGACUCACCCUAUGGGAGAUGAUGACUCUCUCUGUGCCUCACCUAGAGAUGCUCGACAGUGAGGGGGACUGCGGCGAUGACGACUCAUUUGACGAGGACGACUUUGAUGAGGAUGCGUAUUACGAGAGGCUGGGAACCCGACCGCCACUGGACUCUCUGGGCAGCGCCUACCAGAGGAUGGUAGAGCUUUUCUGUCUUUGUACUGAAGAAGAUCCAAGCAAAAGACCAUCAGCUGCUCAGAUCGUUCAGGCUCUGGAGUCCAACAGCCAGCUGGAUGAUGAACGCAGUGAGGUGAUUGUUAUAGAUUAACGUCUGAUGGGUCUGCUGUAGUGUUUUCUCACUGUACUGUCAAGUCUGUCUUUGUUUCAGUGUCAAUUCUUUCCUGUCCUGUUUUUAAACCUCUCCCUAAAAACUAUACAGAAUUCACUCUACAGUUAUCACCUACAACUUUAUUAUUGGCUUUACUGGAUGUAGAUUUAGACUUGUGUUCCAGUUAUUAAACAUUAAUGUAAUCUG